ACCAAAUUAUGUUGCUGAGUACUUAAGUUCACAUGGAGUACUCGUGUGAAAAGCGCAAUCAACUACAAGUGAGAGAUUACGUUAGUCCUACACUCUGAAGGAAACUAGUCCUUUAUGGAAGCUGAUUAUUACUUAAUAUAUGUUCAGAACUCUUGAAUCUUUGUUAUUCUAACCUGAGAGCCUAUAGAGUUCCUUGGCCUUUCUUUUCAAGAGAGGCGUGAUCACAUUGAUAGAAAUGAGUUCCAGUGGUUUUACAGCAGAAGUUACAAGCUUGUCUCCUAGUGCAACAGAAAAGGAUGUCCACGAUUUCUUCUCUUUCUGUGGUGCAGUCCAACAUGUUGAAAUUAUCAGAGCUGGUGAAUAUGCAUGUACAGCCUACGUGACAUUCAAAAAUCUUCAUGCUCUGGAAACAGCAGUGUUGCUCAGUGGAGCCACCAUUGUGGAUCAACCUGUAUGCAUAACCAAAUGGGGACAUUACGAGGAUGGUGGUGAUCUCUGGAAUCGGACUACAUGGAACCUAGAAGAUGAAAGCAGUCCAAGUCAGCAUGCGCAAGAGCACUUGUUUGUUUCAUCUGCUGGGGAAGCUGUGACUGUGACUCAAGAUGUAGUCAAAACGAUGAUAGCUAAAGGAUAUGUACUCGGAAAAGAUGCAUUAGGCAGAGCAAAAGCCUUCGACGAAUCUCACCAAUUUUCAUCAACUGCAGUUGCUAAGGUUGCUGAGUUGAGCGAGAGAAUUGGACUCACCGACAAGAUUUUAGCUGGGGUUGAAGCAGCAAGAUCCGUGGAUCAGCAGUAUCACAUAUCAGAUACUACUAAAUCAGCAGUGUCAGCUACUGGAAGAACAGCUGCUUCUGCUGCUUCUGCUGUGGUUAAUAGUAGUUACUUUUCUAAGGGAGCCCUUUGGGUGUCGGGUGCUUUAAAUCGAGCUGCUCAAGUUGCUGCUGAUUUGGGUAACCGAGAUAAUAACAAAUGAAUAUUGGCCUAAACGGGUAUAUUCUGUUUCGUAUAGCACCUCAUUUGUCGCAUUUUCUUGUCUAUGUACAAAAUUUCGGAUGCGCUGAACUUUAGUUUUAGGCACUUUAGUGUUCCUUUCUGAUGGAUAUCCAAACUGCUCUGUGUAUGUGAUAAUUAUAUGUGCACUAAAACAUUGAAAACACCUUCUUUUU